AUUUUGAAUCUAGGUUUGAGGAUAUUUUGACUAUGGUAAUACUACCGUGGAUAAUUAAUCCAUAUGGUGACAUAGAAGAAACGAAUGUCAUAAUACAAGAGGAACUGACUGAACUAAGUACAAACGAAGAACUUAAGGUUCAGUUUAAAAACGGAUAUCAGCAAUUCUGGCUACAAAACAACAUACCCGUUACUUAUCCCGUAUUAUGGAAUAUAGCGAGGAAAUUUUUAAUUUCCUUUCCACCGUCAUACCUAGUGGAAAGGGGGUUCAGCGCUGUUACCAAUCUCCUAACGAAAAAAAGAAACAGACUAGACAUCAUUAGCCGAGGAGAUUUAAGAUUAAGCCUUACAAAAUUGACGCCAAAUGUUGAUAAUUCAUUAUUAAAGCAUCAGGUUCAUCCUUCUCACUAA